GCAUCAUGAUACAUUAUCUUUAGGACUCUUUUUUUUUUCACUUAAUAUGAGAUUGCUGAGUUACUUAUUUUGCUGUAUGUCCUUCUGUGCGGGGAAGGGGGACCCCUUCCGGGGCCUGAGAAUGGGCUCUUGUCUAACACUAGAAAAUGAAUUGUCCGAGGAGAUACAAGUGCUGACAGAGCAAAAGACUUUAUUGGGAAGGGGCGCCCAGGCAGAGAGCAGCAGGGUAGUUGAACCCAGGAGAACUGCUCUGCCACAUGGUUGCAGCCUCAGGUUUUAUGGGAAUGGGGUUAGUGUAGCUGAAAUGUGGCCUCUGUACACUGGCACCAAUUAAGUCUCGAAGACAGAGUUUUGAGUGAAGCAGAAAGAAGAGCUUUAUUGCUUUAUUGCUUUGCCAGGCGAAGGAGGCCAGGAUGAUGCCUCAAAACUGUGUCCUGUCUUGAGAGGGGCUAGCGAGGGGUUUUAUAGGUUUAGCUUGGAAGACAGGGUUCUGGAUUAUGGUGUCUCUAUUAUUUUCCCUCCAGAGAUCAUUUCAGAGUCAUCAAGUCGACCAUCGGUUGCUCCCGUGAUGGUUUCCGGUUGUCUCUGGGGUUAUCGUUCCUUUCUCUGGGGAGAAGCUUGCUUACCGGGGGAGAGGUGUCAGGGAGUGUUUCAAUUACCAAAGAAAAAGCGAGGUGCCAUAUAGCUCUAACUAGAAAGUAACCAUUAGUAAAAGGAAGCAAUUAAGUAAGGAAGAGGUCACAUGUGAAAAGCCGGUUAGAGUAAGUUAGUGGGCCAAGGCUGGACAUAACAUAAUGGAGACUCUUUUAACUAGUUUUUAGCUGUAACAGGAUUUCCUAAUCGUUAACCCCUGAGUCAGCGUUUGAGACAGAGGGCAGGCCUGGGAGGCAAAAGGCAAAGGCUUUUGCUUCAAAACGCAAGGAGUCGGGGGCUUGUACACGGUUUCAUGAGCUUCUGGGUUGCCUCUGGGCAGCCGUCUUGGUCAGCCCGUACUUGGUCUGUUCAGGGUCCUUCUUGGUGUCUCGCACCUCUCAGCCACGAUGGAUUCCAACACUAGCGAUUCUGGAGGUUUCGUCUCCUCCCUCCUACGGGCCCCUCCCAAAUGCUCCUGGUGAGGCUUCAGGGCGGCCCCCUGUUCCUUCUCAGGGCGUCCUGUUGUGAGACACCGCUAGCAAGCGGCUGUUGUCGCCCCUGGCCAAGAUUGGCAGCUUCAGUCAGCCAACCCCCCGACACUUCUGGUUCCUUUGUUGUGAUUGCUGCAUAGCAUCCCUCUGCCGAUGGACAUAAGGACUGUUUUCAGAUUUUGUUCUAUUGUGAAUAGUGCUGCUCUUACAUUUUGUGAGUGUAAAGCCUUCUUUGGGGUACUUUUUAUGAUAAAAAAAUUGCAAGAUCUUGUAUUUUAUUUAUUUUGUCGAACUUAUGCAAUAAUUUUCUUGAGGUUUUUUUAAUAUUCAGAAAAUGAAAACAUUUUUAAUUUUCUUAAAGUUGAAAGAAAAAAGAUAUAACUUCAGCAGGAGUUUUAGAAUUUUCUGGGAAAAUAAGGGAUUAAAGAGAGACUAAAGAAUGAGGAGGACUUGGCAAAAAACCAAAUGAGUGAGAGUGUCCCGAAUUAAAGCAGUGAUGGGUAGAGGCAGGUGCUAUGUCAUGAUCCCAGGGCUCUAAGCAGCUGAGCCUGCUGGAUACUGGGAACGGGACGUGUGCACAUCCGUACACACAUGUGUGCUCGUGCAUUAGCAGGAGAAACAACUUGUAAGUACAGAAAGGUUCAAUAAAUCAAUGCUUUGAUGCUAAUUAAAGGUUAAGGAAAGAGGGCUUGCUAUGAACAGGAACACUGAGAAUUCAUCUCCCUCUAGCUGGUAGUGGUCCAGGCUACAGGUGCAAGUUGGGAGAUGGGGAGUGGCAGCACUUAGCAAAUGCAAAAGACAUGCUUUGUAAUAUGGACAGAGAGCUAGCCAGAGGCCCGUGCUUCUUAAGUCACGGACGCUGUUUAUUUAGUCAGGGCUUUGGAAACAGCCUCAAUAAAUCCACAUGGGAUGGGAAAAAACAACCCCCAGGCUUCAGAGCUCCUUUAGUGUGUAAAGUUUCCAGGAGUCAGAGGCCAGGUGACAAGCCUGAGAGAUUCAUGAAAAUCUUGUUUCCUGAAGUAGCAUUUUCAGGGGAGGUCAUGUCAGCUGAGGGGAUGAGACUGUGAUGCCUCCCCCAGGACUGAGCUCAGCUCAGUGUUGCUCCAGGGACAGUGAGGCUGGUGUAAUGUCUCCUUUGGGCGGGUCCUCUCAUACCUUUCUAUCCAGAUUCCUGCUCUGCUCAUCCUUUAUCAAGGAUUCUCGCAAGAGAGAAACACAUGAAACUCUAAGUACCUGGACUCAAGAAUUCAGUUGGAAUGAGGCCAAGGCUGUGAAGACUUUCUCACAAGGAGAAUGGACAGGAGAUGUUAGCAGAGACUUGCCUCCUUGCUUCCCCAGAAUCCUGCCCUGGUUCUCAGCCGUCUGCCUACCUCCGUUUCCAUCCCCCCGAGGACGAGCAAAGGAAGUGAUGGGAGGGAUCUUGGACCUCAGGUCUCAGAUGCAGCCAAACACCUACCAGAAGAACCACCUCCUCUUUCUUCAUCUUGGUUUUCAUCCCUCAAAUGAAUCACAGGGCAGCAGGUGUACUCAGGCAGCUGAGUCCCUCCCCAUCUAGGUAAGGGCUCUGUCUCUGUUUCAAGGAAAGGGCCCUGUGUCUGAUUCAAGGAAAUUGAGUGGAGUCUGGGAGUCUUGAGAAACAGGAUCAAGACCUCAUUGCUCUGCUUCUCAGAUUCUUUAGUCCUACAGGCUUUAAAAUGCACCCUUACAUAUAGGUAUACCAUAAUAGAUCUGUUCCACUGGCCAGAUCUGGGUUCCUGUGCUUCCUGAUGCUAGCGUCCUGCCGAAAGUCUCAGUGUUACCUCUGGGUCUUGAAUAUCCUGGCCUCUAAGAGUCUGAUGUGUGUCCCUAAAAUAUUGGUACCUCAAAAGAGGGUCAUUUGAAGUGCCUUCUCCCUAUAUGCCUACUUUUGACACUAAAAUCCAAAGCCACAGAAAAAGCUAAUUGAAGUCAAUGACUUUUAAAAAAUAUACUAGCAAUGAUAGAGAGAAUUCUUAUAAAGAUGUGCUUCCAAAUUUUCAACUCCAUCUUGUUCAUUGGCUUUGUCUGACCGUUUCUUGUGAAGUGUAACAGUGCCCCUCUAUUAAUCUCAGUCUCUGCUGUCUUCUCUUGGUGAGGUCUUCACCCACCAGCAGCAGUUUUCUGGAAAAGCAGCUCAGCCUCUGCAGGUCCAGUGUGUGCCCCCUAGAACUUGUCUCCAGAUGGCUCUGGAGGAGAGAAGCUGGAGGGUGGCAGCAGGACAGCAGAACUCUGAAUCAGCAGGAAGACAGGCAGAAAGGAGCCUGAGUCCUAAGAAUCAACAUUUAACUUCAGCUGUGCUUCUGUGCUCUUUGAAAUCCUGUCCAAAUUCCUGGUGCAGAAAUCCAGAUAAAUGUCACCAGCUAAUUAUUUCCUUCCCUUUCUUAUUUUAUCCAUUCAUCUUUUUAAUUCAACAAAAGUAAAGUAUUUCAAGUCACAUAUUUACUAGAAACAGUGCUAAGAGUUGUCUUUGAAUUUGUCUUUUUGUUGCUGUCAACAGGCAAAGAAGUUCUUCCCGUCAGUAUUUCUUAGUUAAAACCGACAGUUCUGGUUUUGUGAGCUGAAGGAAAGAGCUCAGACCCUAAGGGACAGUAAGACAGUUUGACAAGAUUUUUCUGGUUGGCUUCCUGCCUAGACUUGAGUGUGGCAGAAGUGCAGGGAGGAUAUUCUUAUAUAGUUUCAGUGUCCUGGCCCUUAUAAUGCUAUUCCCUCUCCGUUAUCACCCUGACUUUUUUUUUUCUUUUCCUUAGCCACCUUAUGUUGUUCCUCAGCUUACAGCUUGUAUAAAUGACAUGAAAGUGAUUUUAUAAAGUUUUCUUCCUGAAAACUCACUCAUAUGGACUGAAUAUGCUACACUUUCAUUCACAUAUUAAUGCUUGCCAGCAGAUGUAUGUAGGUGUUUGUGUAAUGAACUUUUCACAUCUAUCUAAUUCCUUAGUAUCAAAUAUAGCACCUGAUACCUGGCAGGUCCAUAGUAAAUAUUUCCUGAAUGAAUGAAGGAGCUAGGUCAGGUGAGCCUUCCAAUUUCAGGAUUUUAUCAUCCAGCUGCUUAAAGGUCCCAACAACCCUAAGUUGAGAAGCAUGGUGACAUCAACAGAAGACAGGAGUAGAAGCAGAUGAUACGAGGAAAGAUUAAAUAUUUGCUCAAGAAUUAUUUCCUCUUCCAGAGUUCCUCCUCAGUCCUCCAUGCAACUGUGAAGGGCCUGUGUUCACGUAGCGGAAGCGAAGUGAAGACUGUUCCAUCGCCCCACACACUCUGCUUCCCCUCCUCAAACCCGCCCACCAGUCCUUUCACAGAGAGUCAGGGUGCAGCGGGACCAGCAUCCAUCCUCAUAGUGCUAGCACUGUGAGAUUCAGGACUUUCCUAUUUUGUUGUUGUUCUCCAUCUUGCUUUGACUCUCAAGUGAUGGGAAGGCUGUGAACCGUUUCUAUAAGGUCCCCUCUUUUAUAGCUCACCUCUUCCACUACAUGCCCUAAACACAAACACCUUGCCAUACCUCUUCGAAUCUCAUCUCUUGCCUUUGUUUCUAUCCUGAGUCCUCCUGAGCAGAUGUCUUAUGAUUACCUGCAAAUAGGCAAACACCUUUGGUACUUGUUCCUGAAGGUUUAUCUCAAAAAUCUAUACUAUCCAGACCAUUCAGUUUCAGCCCAGAAUUCCCUCUCCCUCCAGUGGAAUGUGGACUGCCCAUCAAGGACAGGAGGACAGUUUAAGAACACAAGAGGCCAAGUGGUCCAAGAGCCAAGAGGUUCCCUGUUGAGAAAAGUAUCAAGAACAAGACUGGAAAGUGAAGGGAGAGGUCACCUGUAGGGGAGUAGACAAAAUAGAACUUUAUUAUAUUAAAAAAAAAAAACCUUUAAAAACUGAAUUGGAAUCCCAGGUAUAUUUUAAGCAGAAAAACAACUGAAUUUGAAGCCAACAUUCAGUAUAUUUCUUUGUUAGAAAGACAGGUAUGUCUUCAUCUAUAAACAGACAUGUUUUCUUGGGCUCAUUUGGUUGGAUUUCUUAUAUAAAGAUGAUAUGCUACUACUGACCAUUCUUGCUUCCAGUUUAUAGGAUGUUUCAUAAUAAUUUCAAUGAAAAGAUUCAGAAAUCCAGAAGACAGAGGCAAACUUAGCUACCAAGAGGAAAAAGAUAUCAUCUAAUGGGAUUCGGAUUGGUGACCCAGUAGUGAUAGGAGAUAAUAGAAAACUAGGGUGAACUCCCUUAGGCUUUCCUCAAGAUCACCUGGUCCUAGGCGUCUAAGGGACAGCCGAGAAUGGAGCACUGGAACUCCACCCCGGGAAGUGGCUUCAUCUUGGUGGGGAUUCUCACUGCCAGUGGGUCUCCUGGGCUGCUCUGCACCACAAUCGCAGUCCUGUACAUGCUGGCCCUGACCAGCAAUGGCCUGCUGCUCCUGGUCAUCACAGUGGAUGCCCGGCUCCACGCGCCCAUGUACCUGCUGCUCGGGCAGCUGUCCCUCAUGGACCUCCUGUUCACGUCUGUCGUCACUCCCAAGGCCCUCGUGGAUUUUCUGCUGGGGGAGAGCACCAUCUCCUUUGGGGGCUGUGCCCUUCAGAUGUUCCUGGCACUGGCGCUGGGUGGCGCCGAGGACCUCCUCCUGGCCUUCAUGGCCUAUGACAGGUAUGUGGCCAUCUGCCAUCCUCUGAGCUACAUGGUCCUCAUGAGACCGGGGGUCUGCUGGCUCCUGGUGGCCACAUCCUGGGUCCUGGCAUCUCUGAAUGCUCUAGGGCACACCCUGUAUACCAUGCACUAUCCCUUCUGUAGGUCCCGAAAAAUCAGCCACCUGCUCUGUGAGAUCCCACCUCUGCUGAAGUUGGCCUGUGCCGAUACCUCCAGAUACGAGCUCAUGGUGUAUGUGACGGGUGUGACUUUCCUCUUGCUACCUCUUUCGGUCAUUGUUGCCUCCUAUGCACUGAUCCUGCUUACUGUGCUCCACAUGCCCUCGAGCGAGGGGAGGCGGAAAGCCCUGGUCACAUGCUCUUCCCACCUGACUGUGGUGGGGAUGUUCUAUGGAGCCGCCACGGUCAUGUACGUCCUGCCCAGCUCCCUGCACAGCCCCGGGCAGGACCGCAUCACCUCUGUCUUCUACACCGUGGUCACCCCAGCCCUGAACCCCCUCAUCUACAGCCUGAGGAACAAGGAGGUGCUGGGGGCCUGGAGGAGGGUCCUGGGAAGAUACUUGCUUAUAGUUACUAAGUAGACGUGGUUGAAGCCUAAGAUUCAAGCAACAUCAUGUAGCAGCGAGCAACAGCAGUAAGUUGAGGUUGAGCCUUUAACAUAAGCGGAGGACUGCCCUCACCGGCAGUGGAUUCUCAGGCAUUUCGGGGAGAAGUGACUUCCGAAGAUAUACCGGGCUUCUUGUUUAUCAGGGAGGUGGUUGUUCAGGCAGGUAGUUGGAAUGAAUAAUCAACUGCGACCGCAUUUGUGCUCUGACUUGAGGAGCGACUUGCACUGAUUACAUAAAUAACGACGGACGCCUACGUUGAGAUUGUGGGAAAAGCUGAGCAUUUUUAUACUGCCUGAGAUGAAAAUUACAAAGUAGAAACCAAUAAAAUAGAAUGUAGAAGCGCCCAGAUUUCAAGUGAGGAUUAGAGGGACAGUAACAGUGAGAGACAUGUGUUGUGAAUAUUUCUCGUAUUUUUUAAAAAUGUGAUUUACAUUGAAACAGACCUUUUUUGAAACAUGGAGACAAUUGGCAGUUGAGUAUAUGUAUACGUCUGUGUCCACAGGAAGGGAAGGAUACAAUGUACAGCUUUCUACACAGCUUAAAAUAUGUUUUAUUUUUAUCAUUUGAUUUAUCAGUGUGGGAAGAUUUAUAACAAAAAUGGGAACUUAAAUCUAUCCAGUUAAGAAGUUCCAAAACACCCUGACUCACAUAGUUGGAUUUUUUUUUUCUAGUGAGAUAGCUACUUUUUAGUUAUUGAAGACAGUGUAAAAUGAUAUACUUCUUAUACAGAAAACUUUGGAAAUAUAUCAGGCCAUGAAAAUGUAUAUACUCUUUGACCCAGUCAAUCCCACUGCUGGGAAUUUAUACAAAGAAAAUAAAAAACAGAAGAAAUGUGUACACAAAUAUGUUGCAGUAAUAAGCAUCAAAUUGGAAACAAAUUAAAUGUCUGAUUAGGGGAAUGGAUGAGUCAAUUGUAAAACUACAGAGAAUAAAGGUUUUUAAGUUGAGAAUUAAAAGCAGACUUUAACAGAAUUUUUAUUUAUUUAUUUAUUUAUUUUAUUUUGUUUUUUA